AUGGAUACUGCCAUAUAUAACUCCAUUGCUCGGGCUGCUCUUCUUGGAGACGGCUACUGGCAGGCCAAUGCGACUAAAGCGGCGGAGUUUGGAGUAGCAGCAAUGUCUUCGAACCAGGGCCAGAACCAGGGCCAGAACCAGAGUCAUCCAAACCAGUAUCAAUAUCAGACUUCCAAUCCCCAAUAUCAGACCCAGAGUCGAUAUCAACAUCCAAAUCAGUUACCAAGUCAGAGCACAUCUGCAGGGACAACUCCAGUCAUGGUGCCACCGUCUGUUGCAUCGUCUGCGACCCAAGUCAAGUCAGAGCAAGACUGCUUCGAACGCCUCGCAUUGGAAUUCGCAUCCCUUCCAGACCGUGAAAUGCCACCCGAGGUCUCGGAUCCAGUAGCCGCACAGCAACAGCAGCAGCAACUCACAAACGCAGCAUCAAGAGCACUCCCAGACCACAAAAUCUCACCAAACACGCCGACAAACAACUUCGUAGCCAAAACUAUACGCGCGGCCAUGGCGGACAUCAAACCCAGCUCGUGAAUGAAAGAGUCACAAAAUAGCCUGCCGGGCUAGACUAUUGACCAACUGCCGCACGCACGCACAGCACGGCUCUUUUUUCU